AUGCCAACCGUAACCGUGCUGCCUAUCUCUCACGACCGCAAUUCCGGUCAUGGAUCACUCUCACCACACCUUCCUUCUCAUCUUUCCGACAACCUACCCACUUGUCGACCUUCAUCUCCUCGUUUAAUGCCAACUCGAACAAUUUCCGCUCAUUUUCGACCUAUCUCACCGAUGAAAUUCCUGAUCCUACCGCAUAUCUGUACCUACGCGGAUUGUAACAAGGCUUUCGCCAGGAAAAGUGAUCUCGCGAGACAUUUCAGAAUUCACACUAACGACAGGCCGUUCACCUGUACGUACCGCGGGUGUGGGAAGUCUUUCAUCCAGCGAUCUGCUUUGACAGUGCAUUAUCGAGUCCAUACCGGUGAACGUCCUCACCAUUGCGAGACUUGCAACAAGGCUUUCGCCGAUUCAAGUUCUCUCGCCCGUCAUAGGCGUAUUCACACCGGUAUGCGACCCUACACUUGUAAGGUUCCAGGAUGUGGUAAACCUUUCGCUCGACGAAACACUCUUUUGAAACACUGGAAAAGACAACAUCCUCACCUGCCACCUCCUUCUACUAACACCCACCGCAACAACAUUCACACUCCUGUCCCCAAUGUCAGAACUUCUUCAGCCUCUUUCCCAUCUUCAAAUGGUGAAUACUAUCCUGCUACUCCCUCGAGUGCUAGUGCCCCCCACGGCUACGCCACCCUCCACCCGUCAGAGGGCACGGCGUACCCCUUCGGUGGCGGGCUCAGUGGAGGACCGAUAUUCGGAGGAGCUUCCGGACAAUCCUCCUACGUCAUCCCCGGCCACCCAGGUGGUUAUAGACCACCGCAAUUCUAUCAAUCGCCCCAAGCGCAAGGCUCAGUCGCCCUCACCCCAAUCUCAACAACUGCCUCUCACUUCGGAGACUCGAUCCACCAAGGUUCGAAUAGCCAAACGCCCUCGGCGCCAGCUGCAGAAGGUUUCGGAGGUGAUAACAAGCACCAGAUCCACAGUGGUCCAGCGUCAGCUCACCCCGGUCUCUCACCAUCACCAGGAAUCAAUCAGCAAGGCUUCGGCCAAGUGCAGUACCCCAGCUCAUUCAACUCCUACUCCCAAUCAACGGGUUACUCGCUCUCGCGCUUCCCUAGUGAAGGAGGAGGUAUGAUAUACACAGACGGUAAACCAUUUGGCAACAUGUCUCAGAGAUCGGUCUCAAAUCCUCUCGAAGCUCCUAAAUUCCAACCGUACAUGGCUGCCGGUCCGAACGGCCACGUCGGUGGAGGAUUUCAUCCCUCUCAAUUGGCUAUCCCUCACAAUCAGCAUCCUCAGCUCAUGCCAUCUUACUAUCAUUCCAUGCACAUGGGAUUACAACCUCGAUCUGCAAGUGAGGUCAAACCGGAAUUCCCUGGUUCGCCUAACGAUUCAUCCUCGGACGAUGACGACGAGCCACUAGUGGCUCUUUCAGAUGCGCCACCCUCGAUCGCCCUUCACCCUCCCGCUGGUCCAGCGGUGAACAUGCCUUUCUCAUCGGUAGAAAGCAGCAACUUUGUUCAGUUCUCUAAUGCCCAGCCUCAAGUCUUGGCUGUCCAGCAAUCCAGCAGUGGUCGACUACACAGUGCUCCACCAACACUGCAAAGAUUCAACUCUCUGCCCACUGUGCCCACAGUCAACCAAUGGGGUCAAGUAAACGGUUAUCAAUCUCACAGUGUCGGUGAUGCCAAAAGUGCAGAUGAGGAGUGGGAAGAUAUCGCCGAUGAGAUGCUCAGUCGAGAAGCUUCGGUUGGGGAUGAUACUCAGGUCAUCCCAGCGACUGUCGAGCACAAAACUCCCAUGAACAACGUUGAAGAAGGUAAUCAGUGGGGAGAACCUUUCGAGUACCCCGUUCCUCCUCUGGAGACUAGGAAGAACCCAUUCUCUUCUGCUGCCUCAUCUUCGUCAACCUCAUCUACCCUCGUCGGAUCAUCCAUCCACACCCUUCCUCCCAACCACCUCCCACCGAUCUCCGUUUUCACUCAUGCCAAUCAGCCUAUGGCGUUGACUCCAAUCAAUCCCAAUGGUUUCUACCCUACACCAAUCACACCUGCCAACUGGUCGCAUGAUGGCUUUAAACCUCAUGCAGUGUUUGAGUCACCCGCCAUGGUCAAUCAUCAACAGCGUUCUGAUCGAGAUCAAGAAAACGAUCAUUCUCAAGAUAUCACCUUGACUACUCCACCGAAAUGGAUUGAACAGCAGAGAAAAGACGGACGAACUGUCUCUGCCGUUGGACUUGGUAUCGCCAAUGUCCAUUUCGAUGAUCGCGAGAAUGAUAUCGUUGUUGAAGGUAAAGAGGAUCGUGAUUGGGAUUCAACUUGUGAGGGUGAAGAUGAGAGAAUUAGUGAGGAUGAUACGGUCGAUGACGAUGGGAGUGAUGACGAGUUCGUCCUUGGAAGUAGACCCAAGAAGGGAAGGACCAGUACUGGUCGAGGUAGAGGUAGAGGUAGGGGAUCAAGAGGAAUGGGAGUUAGAAGGGGAAGGAAAUGA